AUGUCUCUUGACAAGCAUCUAUUUGAGCUUAAAUUUGCCGCAAAGCAACUUGAGAAGAGCGCACAGCGAUGCGAGAAGCAGGAAAAGGUUGAGAAGGACAAGCUAGCUGCGUCUAUCAAGAAAGGGAAUCGCGAAGUGGCCCAAGUGCAUGCCGAGAACGCGAUCCGUAAGAAGAACGAGGCAUUGAAUUACAUUCGUAUGGCAGCAAGGAUCGAUGCUGUCGCCGCACGAGUCCAAACUGCUGCAACUCAAAAGCGUGUCACUGCAAGUAUGCAGGGAGUGGUGAAAGCUAUGGAAAGCGCGAUGAAGAGUAUGAAUCUCGAGAAGGUGCAAUCGUUGAUGGACCGCUUCGAGCGUGACUUCGAAAACCUUGACGUCCACACAGCUACCAUGGAGCGAACAAUGGACGGCACGACCGUGCUCAACGCCCCAAAGAGCCAAGUCGAUGCCCUUAUCCAGGAAGCUGCCGACAAGGCUGGCAUCGAAUUGAACGCCGAACUUCCAUCCUCCAUCCCGACCGCCGCCCCAUCACUCCCGGCCUCUUCGCAAAGCGUCGCCGAGAACGACGAGCUGACACAAAGACUCGCUGCCCUUCGAAAUAUGCAGAUGAGGAUUUUGGUCGGUGUUAAACGGGUCGUCGACUAUGCCGUCAAAGUUCGUGUCAAGCCGGAUAAGACUGGGGUGGUGACGGAGAAUGUGCAGCACUCCAUGAACCCUUUCGACGAAAUUGCCCUUGAGGAGGCCGUCAAGCUCAAGGAGAAAAAUGUCGCAAAGGAGGUGGUCGUUUUCUCGAUGGGACCUGCUAAAUCUCAAGAGGUGCUCCGAACAUCGCUAGCCAAGGGCGCCGACAAGGCCAUCCACGUCGAGAUUGGUGAUAAAGACGCCUUCGAGCCGAUCCAUGUGGCGCAGGUGAUCAAGAAGCUAGUGGAGAAGGAGAAAUUCGACGUUGUUUUCUGUGGAAAGCAGGCCAUUGAUGAUGACGCUGCCCAGACAGCCCCUCUCGUUGCCGGCUUGCUGGAUUGGCCCCAGGCUCUGUAUGCUAGCAAGGUGGAAGACGGCGGUUCCGGGUUCUUGAAAGUGACCCGUGAAAUUGACGGUGGUUUGGAUACGGUCAAGGUAAAACUGCCUGCAGUGAUCUCGGCCGAUCUCCGCCUCAACGAGCCCCGUUACGCGACGCUGCCUAACAUCAUGAAGGCCAAGAAGAAACCUCUCGAGAAGGUGACCCCGAAGGAUUUGGGCGUUGAUCUCACCCCUCAGACCAAGAUCUUGGAGGUUACCGAGCCACCCGUUCGUCAGGCUGGCGGUUUUGUCGAGGACGUGCCCGCCCUCAUCAACAAGUUGAAGGAACUCGGCUUUGUGAAGGCGAAA